GACACUGUCAAUCAAUGUUUUUGUGAUUUAUAAUCAGAUAAACUUGGUUUUUAAGAUAACAAUUCAGCGUAAAUGUUUUGAAUUUGAAUUUCUGGUUGAUACUAACUGUAAUUGUUAUAUUUUAAAUAAAAUGAAUGAAUAUUACUACUUAUUGGUUUAGCUUGUAAUAGAAAUGAUAGAAGGACUCAUUUGUUAUUUUUCAUAGAAGUUUGUUUGUGGAAUAAUGGCAUUCUUGGUGCGAAAAUUGCGUCGAAGCUUUACUCAUAUAAUACCGCGUCUAUUUAUCGGUCUAGUUUUAAUUUACGUUUAUUGCGAAUAUUUAAUUUAUUAUGUUACUCAAAUUCAGUGUGGCUGGAUAAUGUUAAGUAAGGAACCUAACGAUGGUCCUGAGCCAGUGUAUGCUAUGGUUAUAGCUGACACUCAUCUCCUAGGUUCCCGGAAUGGACACUGGUUUGACAAAUGGCGGAGAGAGUGGCAGAUGCAUCGAGCAUUUCAGACAGCUAUGACGCUCCAUAGCCCAAAUGUUGUAUUUGUUUUAGGUGAUCUGUUUGAUGAGGGAAAAUGGUGUCCAGAAAAGGAGUUCAAUGAUUAUGUUGAUAGAUUUUAUAAAUUAUUUAAAGUUCCUGAUGGGACUGCAAUGUAUACAGUUGUUGGAAACCAUGAUAUAGGAUUCCACUACAGGAUAACGCCGCACCUCGCCAAAAGGUUCGAAAGUAAGCUAAAGUCACCUCCAGUACAAUUAGUUAGCAUCAGCGGGAAUCACUUCGUCCUUAUCAACUCAAUGGCGAUGGAAGGAGAUGGAUGUAGUCUGUGCGCGCGUACCGUUGCCGAAAUAGCCAAUAUAUCAAAUAUAUUAAAAUGCAGCAGUGGAUCUAGUUUAUGUAAGGGCAAAAAGCGAUUAGAACGUUAUAGCAGACCAAUUAUUAUGCAGCACUAUCCUUUGUACAGAGAAUCGGAUAGCGUAUGUACGGAGCCGGACGCGGCCCCAUUGCCUGAAAGGAAUGGUUUGUUCGAAGAGCGUUGGGACUGUCUCUCCAAAGAGUCCACAGAAUAUCUAGUAGAGAGUCUCCAUCCUCGAGCCGCCUUCGGAGCUCACACGCACCACAGUUGUGUCGUAAGACAUAGCUUCGUGCCUACCCCCGAUCAUAAGAUAGAAUUUAUUGAGUACACUGUACCGUCCUUUUCCUGGAGAAAUAGAUUGGACCCCAAGUAUUAUUUGUUGACGAUAUCACCAGAAGAGGUGAAGGUGUCUAAAUGCGGCAUGCCACGCGAGUGGACGUUGCAGAUUACCGCUAUACUGAUGACGCUCGCACUCAUAGUUUACCUGAGAUACUACAUAAGUGUGGACAUACUAAGUUAUAACUAUAAACAAUUAUCUGGAAAGAAAGUGUGAGACUGCUUGAAAAGUAUUUGCCGAAUGAUAUUAUACGUACUGAUGUCAUUGCUUAUGAUCUGAUAUUAUUAUUAAAGAUGUCUUUUAUCUAUGAGACAGUUUCAAUUCAAUAUCCUCUUUAACUAAUUGUCUGAAGCGAGGUCGAAAGUUCAUAUCACUUAAUGGUCAUAAUCAGAGUUAAAUACAAUAAGUACAUCAAUAUGAAUAUGUGAUCGUAAAUA